GUGUAUUGUCCAAUCGUCGACAAUCAUCACGCGCAUCAUGACCGAACCAGCGCUGCCGCCUCCAACUCCUCAAGCCGCGACUCUUGUGACCCUGGAAGCCCUGGCAGACAAGCACACCUUCAUAGAGUAUCCGUUGGCAACUCCAUUCACAUGCGCUUCGUUUCAAGUCGACGAACUUGUCUACGUCUCCACUAGUACCGGUAAAGUGAAGAAGUCCCAUCCUGCUGACGACACAUCGAAUGGAACGUCCACGGGCCGCCUGUUUGCGCGUGGCAAAGUCGUGGACGUUGCGCCUCCUCAGUACCCAGGACGAGUGAAGAUCGAGUACAAAGAUGGCUCGAUGUAUCAUGCAAAUCCUUCCCGGUUGACGCCACGGCUCUUUCGUCCGAAUGCAGGCAGUGCACAGGUCGGGGUGAUCGUGACCGCCAAGACAGAUCAUUACCGACGCCUUGCACGGACCCAGAUAACAUCCACAGAUAUCGUCCUCGAGAUCGGAUGUGACCUUGGCAUCACGGUGGACUCCAUUGCCGACAUCGUCGGUCCGUCCAAUGUCGUCGGCGUCGACAAAUCCCAUGAUUCCAUUCAAAUCGCCAAGGACUCAUAUCCGCGAUGCCGCUUUGUUGAAAUGGACAUCUUCCACUCCCGCGACGACCUCAUUGCGCUCGCGGCCGAUUGCACCAAGGUGCUCAUCGACAUCAACGGCAAUCGGCUGCUUCCGGCAGUCGUCGAGGCGCUCCGGCUGGUCCUGGAAGGGUGUCACAAAGUGGACCUCGUGAUUGUGAAGAGCGUCGAGAUGCACAGGGAGAGAUGUAAGAAGUAAUAUAGUCGUUUUGCCCAAAAUUUGGGUAAAAUGACAAAAAAAGUGCUGAUUGAC